UUACUAAAGCUUAAUCGACUUCACACUGACAAAGUCAAACAAAAUUCAAGAGUACAAGACUUUGGUACGGUAAUUUGAAGGUAUUACACGGUCCAAUCAACGACGGGAUUGCAACAUCUCCCAACCAAUCAAAAGUCUCCGUGUUGCCCUGCAUGCCUUCUUUUUUGGAUCCUUACCUUAGCUAGCUGUCUACAUAAAUGCGGAAUUGCAUUUUCUGCCAACCUAUCCAAGCAUAGUAAGAACGUUUAUACGAUGUAUAUCUUUGAAACAAUGAAACAGUGGAUGUCUACAGUAGGAAAACGUUUCAUGAACACUUUCGUCUUCAUCUAGCGGCAGUUGUCUCUGCCAUGUCUCAUUGCAACAAUUCCCAAUGGAUCUGGCGUAGUUGGGAUAAGAAUCAGUUUUAUUGGCAAGAUACUGUUACAAUUAUGGAGUUUUAAGAAGGGUUUUGUCUGUUUUGGGGGAAAGGGUGCCUUUCCCCUAAUUUUUGAUGGACUUUUUGAAGGGACCUGGAUGGAGGUUUAUGGAACUUGUUGCCUUUUGUUGCAUAUUGUAUUUAAAGUUGUAAGAGGAGAUACUAUUUUUGAAAAUAUUGACUAUAUUUGUACAUUUUUGUAAAGAAAAGUAUACAAUUUAGAAUUUAUAUAAUUGUAUUUAUUAAAUACCUGAUGCCAAUCUAUGCGUCAACCUCAUUUGGUUGUGUUGGGAUUUGGGUCAACAUGGUGGACUGAGGUGACCUAAGGCAAGGCCCUGGGGUGGCUAGGGUGCAGUGGAACCUCAACACAAGCACAAUUCUAGCUCCCCAUACCUCACUAUUUUCAUUUUUUUUAGAGAGCAACUACAUAAAAAUGUCCAAUUAAUUUUCCUUUGCUCUUGCAUGCCUCAAAGUGUUAUCUAAGGUUUUAUUUUGGUGAAUGGUAGCUGUUUCCUGUUGGGAGUGAGAAGAGGUGAGGUUUAGCAGAGGAGAGAAGAGGUGACUGUAGCAUUGCUGCCUUAGAGAGUGGGGUCACCUAAAAGAUUUAGAGUUCACUCAGGAUGAGCGUGGUGUUGGCAACCCCGGAUUGCACGCCUAAAUGCCGCUCAGUGCGGCAUGCGGAUGAGGUAGUGGCAGCACUGACACGGGGGUCCGAGGGGUGCCUGCGGGCCUUUCUUACCGCCCACUGCCACAACGCAGCCAAGUUGCGGGAUGCCUUUGGCCGCACAGCCCUGCAUCUGGCUGCCUCGCUGGGCAAAAAGGCCCUGCUGGAUUGGCUGCUGGAGAGCAAGAGCGCUGACCUCAUGGUGAAGGACAAGGAGUCUGGCUGGACCGCCCUGCACCGCAGUGUCUUCUACGGACACAUCCACUGUCUCAUGUCACUCGUCAAGCAUGGGGGCAAUCUCUUCACCCAGGAUAAGGAGGGCCUCUCAGUUCUGGACCUAACCAUGAAGGACAGACCAGCACACGUGGUGUUUACAAAGACCGACCCUACUGAGGUUUACACUUGGGGGAACAAUGCCAAUUUCAGUCUGGGGCACGGCAACCAGGAGAGCAGGCACCACCCUGAGAUUGUGGAUGUGUUCGCCCGUACAGGGGUUUACAUCAAACAGGUGGUGCUGUGUAAGUUCCACUCCGUGUUCCUAUCCCAGAAGGGGCAGGUGUACACCUGUGGACAUGGCCAGGGAGGCCGACUGGGACACGGGGAUGAACAGACAUAUCUGGUACCUCGGAUGGUUGAGGGACUUAUGUCCCAUCACUGCUCACAGGUUUCUGCAGCCAAAGACCACACUGUGGUGCUAACCGAGGAAGGCUACGUCUAUACCUUCGGCCUCAACACCUACCACCAGCUUGGCCUAGCUCCCCCACCCGCCUCGAGCCACCUACCUAAACAGGUAUUCUCCAAGACCCUCAAAGGCCGUACAGUGAUUGGUGUUGCAGCUGGGAGGUUCCACACGGUAUUGUGGACCAGGGAGGCCGUUUACUCAAUGGGUCUGAACGGAGGGCAGCUGGGCUACCUGCUGGACCCCAAUGGGGAGAAGUGUGUGACCACACCUCGCCAGGUGUCCGCUCUGCACCACAAGGACAUCUCCAUUGCCAUGGUUGCGGCCAGCAACGGGGCGACAGUGGUGGUGACCGAGAAGGGAGAUGUCUACCUGCUGGCUGACUACCAGUGCAAGAAGCUGGUAUCCAGGCAGCUGAACAUCCGAAAGGUUCUUGUGAGUGGAGGCAGUCUGGACCACAGGGUGGACCCCCAGGUUCUGAAUGAGGGAGGGGGAGAGAAAGUUGCAAUACUGGCCCUGGAUGAAGCUGGCAGGGUGUUCUGCUGGCGAUCAGUUGGCGGCUCAGUGAGACAGUGCAGGUGGGCGUAUGGGCGCCAGGUGUUCAUGUCGGACAUCGCCCUGAGCAGGAACACCAUGAUGUUUGUCACCCAGGAAGGGGAGGGCUUCAGCGGACAGUGGCAUGGGGAGUACAGGAGGAGCAUGGACAAGAAAGACGGGAGUGCUGAGGUGUGCGGUCACCCCGAGGCCGGUACAGUGUACGAGCGAAUCCGCUUGGAGAAGCUUCCCUACGUCCACAGAGCGGUCAGUAUCACCAUGGACUCCAAGGGACGCAACUUUGGAGUGCUGCAGUCUGACCCCAAAACCGGCCUCUAUGAAAUCCCCAUCGUCUCUUCCUCCUCCUUCUCCCAACACUUCCGGAGCCUUCUGGAGGAAGCGGACGAAACGGACGGGAUCCACGACGUGACGCUGCAGGCCGGGCACUGCACCUUCCCGGCCCACAAGUACCUUCUCUCGAUGCGCUCCGAGUUCUUCAGGAAACAGCUGGCGGUGGGCGGCGCCGAACAGGGCGUCCGGGACGGCGAGGUGACGAGGAGCGAGGACGCGUCAGGCUGCGAUCUGCUCGUGCUGGAGAAAGUGAGCUAUGAGAUGCUGGAGCACGUGCUCAAGUUCAUUUACACUGACACCUGUGAGCUGCUGAUACAGGGCCACCGGCCACGAGUCUCCGGCCAGAAAGAGAACCAGCAGGACCCGGAGCAGCUUAUCAGCAACCUGCAGGACCUGGGCCUCGAGGGGGGCCUGAGGGGCCACUCCGCCCUGGAAGUGUACCGCUCCCUGCCUACCUCGGCUCUAAGGGACGGGAAAAAACCGAAGAACAAAGGCGCCAAGUCUGGAAAGAAAGCCAAGGUGGGCAAGGCAGGACCCAGAGAAGGUGGAGGCGGAGUCGACCCUGUCAAGGCACUACAGGGUGUGGCCAAGAAGCUCGGCAUAAGCAGUUUGUCAGCGCGCUUGGAUGGAGUGAAGUAUGAGAACGGGAAAAUAAAUGUAGUGCAUAAGAAGACCGGGAACAAGCUGAGAUUCAACCAGAAUAAGUGCUCCUACCUAUGUGAUGUCACCCUGCGGUCCGACGACGGCAAGGAGUUCCCCUGUCACAAGUGUGUGCUGUGUGCCAGACUCGAGUACUUCCAUAGUAUGCUGGGAAACCCCUGGUUUGAGGCCACAUCCUGCAGUGCACUGGAGAUGCCCACCAGCUCAGAGAUACUGCAGGUCAUCCUGGAAUACGUCUACACAGACGAGUCCCCCACUGUCAAAGAGUGUGUAAACGUGGAGUUUGUCUGCAAUGUGUUGGUGGUGGCCGACCAGCUUCUCAUCACCCGACUCAAGGAGAUGUGCGAGGUGGCCCUCACUGAGAACCUGACUCUAAAAAAUGCAGCUGAGCUGCUGGAGUUUGCUGCCAUGUACAACGCUGAGCAACUCAAAGUGUCCUGCUUGCAGUUCAUCGUGCUCAACAUGGCUGCACUGCUCGAGUCCAAAGCUCUGGAAAUCCUGAGGGAUGACGUUCUGAUGGAGCUCUCUACAGCUUACAGGAGGAUGGUGCCGGCCAUGCAAAGGCGGCUGAUCACGCCUUACCCAGACGCACCGGACCUCAGCGGAUAUGAAGAUGAGGACUGGGACCUUUCCAUCAGCUCUAAAGUUGACACAGAACUGGAACCCUCAUGCAGGGAGACUCUUUUGAAGAAGGCGAAGUUGAAAGCCAAGAAGAAGCCCAGACGACGCUCUGACAGCUCUGGCGGUUACACCCUGUCUGAUAUCAUCCAGAGCCCACCCGCUUCAGGUAGAACGACCUUGGUCCUGUGCACCGGUCUGGAGAAGUGGGGGAAAAGUACCUCCAUGGAGUCUCUGCAGGAGCUUCUGACCUCUGACUCGGAGGGUAGCUACAUGGGGGCGGGCAGCCCCCGGGACCUCCCUUCCCCCAUUUUUCCAGACCGGCCGGAGGACGAGAGGGCCGGAGGAGGUGCCAAGACCAAGACACCCCCCGGCACACCCACCACUGCGAGGAAUGGGCUCUGCGCCGUCUCUCUGAAAGGCUCUGCUCCAGAGCCCACCCCGACAACCAGUCCUGCUCGGCCACUUCCUGUCAUGGACCUCCGGGCGAUCAUGGACAUGGAAGCCAGCUCAAAGACACAAAGUCUUGGCGCCACUCCCAAAAGUCCUGGCGUUGCUGUGGGUGGCAGCGGCGGCAAGCAGUCUCCUCUCCCAGCCAAGCUUUCCCAGAAGCAGAGGAAGAUGAUCGCCAUGGCGAGUAAGGAGGGCAGUGGCGAGGGUGCCUGCUUGAAAUCACACCCAUCUAUUACACCAUCAAAGAGCGCAAAAGCAUGGGCCACUCCGGUCCAGACCCCACUCUCGUUUCGGUCCUUCCGUGACCUCCUGGUGGAGGAGGAGACCAGGGUCAGGAGUGGAGGACCAGGGUCUUCAGGAGGACAAGGAACCCUGGUGCCAAAUGUGUCUGCCGCCAGGAGAGUCACCUUCAAAAGCCCAGCUGAGCCCCCCAGUGAGCCAGAGAGAUCGGCCGGCCCGUGGGUGCUCGGAGCAGUGGGCAGCCCCCCUAUGGCCUCCAUGGUAACCUUUGCUUCCAUUGUGGAGGAAGCCAAACAGCAGGAGGCUGCACUAAUCCGCAGCCGGGAGAAACCUCUGGCGCUCAUUCAGAUUGAGGAAGCAGCAAUCCAAGAGCUGUUGCUUCACUAUGGUGCUCGCAGCAACCCUGACGAGCUGAUCGUGGUGGAGAGGUCUGCCCUGGGUCCCAUUGCCACCCCAUUUUGGAACAAACACUGAGACCACUAUCAGAUCACAUACCCACAACGUUAUCAGACCAGACACUAACAAACAUUGAGACAAGUUAAUUGCCCAGCAUUGUGAGAUAACAUGCAGCGUUCUGGGGACAUAGCCACAACUUUAUCAGACAACAUAAUCUGUCAACAUGCCGGCAACAUUCAGUUCACAUUGCCACACUGUUAGACAACAUACCCACAACAAUGUAAACUGACAUCCACUUUCAGUAUGGGCUUGGUUCUAUACUUAACCUAGGUUCUUCCACAUUUUUUGUUGCAAUCCAAAACUUUCUUGUCAACCAUUUAAAUGUGUUUUUAGAGAAAUUGAAAGUUUGUGAGGGGAGAAAAAAGAGAGCUGUGACUCACAUGUCAACGGUGUCCAUAGUGUUCUAAAAUUUCAGCUGUUAUGACACGUGUUCGCAGUUAAUUAGAUGCCAAAGGAGUAUAUGGAGUAAUGGGGGUGUAAACAUUUGAGCUGCAUAAGUUUAGUGCCAAUUAGAGAAAGUGGCAUCACAAGAGUUUCUAUGUUGGGAAAACUAUGCCGAAAAAAGCUGGACUAGCCAGAUCUGGGUUCUCUUUGGCUUUACUUGUGAAUUUGUGAAUUGAAUUAUGUAUGCAUUGUAUUAUGUAGGGUAAUAUAAUCACAAAAUGCUUUGGUUUUUGACCCAAAUAUUAAAAAGUUAGUUUUUCUCCCUUUAUGAAACAAUCGUGUGCAGAUGGCAGCGGUUGAUGUUUGUUUAUUUUUCAGCACUUAGCUCUGGUAUAUUGGCCAUAUACCACAAACCCCCAAGGUGCCUUAUGCCUGUUACAAACUGGUUACCAGUGCUAAUUAAAAUAGGUAAUGUACCUUUUAGAUAUACCUUUCCUAUAAUGUCUCCUACAACAGCUUUCAGCAAGCAGCAUUCAGGGUUCAAACUACCAGAUCCUUGAAAAAAAUUAAAAAUAAAAUAUAUGUGUUUAUGAACAUUCAUGUCUCUACCUUCUGGCUGAUUCUAAUAGUACAUUGAUUUCAUUUUGUGUUCUGGAUCCUACGUGUUCACUUGGUGUAACUCAAGACUGAGGAUGAAAAAUGGCAUGCAAUAAAGAACUGUCAGUGAU